AUGGAGAAAGAGAAAGGCAAAAAGAGAAAGAGAGGGAGAGAAAGAAAGAAUGAGAGAAGUGUAGUCAAUCUAACACAAUCACCGAGGGCAACCUGUAAACAGGUGGCGUAUUGGGCAACCAUCAAUGACCUUAGCAACAAAGACCGCUUCCCUUACCUUUUUCGCACGGUUCCCCCUGACCGGUACCAGGCCAUAGCCAUGCUGGACCUGCUUGACCGCUUCAACUGGACCUACGUCUCCAUCGUACACGACACCUCAAAUUACGCAGUGCGCGCCGUGGAGGACCUAACGCGCUUGGUCAAGACGCGCAGUAUCUGUUUGGCCACCACGCAGGUAUUCCCGCAUGACGUCACAGACGAGAUUGGAACGUACUACGACGAUAUCGUUUCUGCUUUGCUGCUUAAAUCCACGGCUAGAGUGGUGAUAAUCUGGAGUGAAGAGUAUCACGUUUCCAGAUUGAUGCAAGCCGUUCAGAGGAAGCAUGUAGCAAAUCAUUUCAUCUGGAUUGGCAGUGAUUCAUGGAGCGGACGACAGUAUCAGACACUGAACAAUGAAGCAACGCUAGAGGGCGCCAUUACAUUUCACCCGACAACCAAACCAAUAGAUGGAUUUGACCAAUAUUUUACCAGCUUGCUCCCACUGUCCAACCGCCGGAACCCCUGGUUCCUAGAAUACUGGGAGGUCCUGCACAACUGUACCUGGUCCAACACCGAUACCAUCGCCUCUCACAAUCGGGUCGUUCAUCGACCACCAUACCGUACCGUCUUUUCUCGUCGCUGCACGGGAAAGGAACGUCGGAGUCCGCUGCUGGACGACUACCAACAACUCUACCAGCUGCAGUUCGUGGCCGACGCCCUCCUAGCUUUCGCCUACGCCCUCAGGGACAUGCACGCAGACUUAUGCGGACCGGGAACAAGAGGACUUUGUGAUGGAAUGCGUCCUGUAGAGGGUGAUCUUCUGAAGACGUACCUGAGCAAAGUGGAUUUCAAAGGUAUAUCGGGUGCCGAGUUGAGUUUUGAUGAAGACGGUGAUGGUCCCGCUCUCUAUACCUUGCUCAACUACCAACAGGUCAGUCCCGGGGUAUAUAAAUAUGUCACCAUCGGACAUUACUCAGAUAGGAUCCAUUUGAACGGCUCUCAACCCCAAUUUAAGUUGUCUUCACCAGAAUACCCGACAUCAGAGUGCGGUGUACCGUGCAAACCGUGGGAAGUAAGGGUUGUUCUUGAGGAUAAGUGUUGUUGGCGCUGCGAACCCUGCGGUGACCUCAGCAGUCCGCACUAUCUGAUUGACGAAGAUACUUGCGAGGAAUGCGAGAAAGGAAGCCGAACCAAUGCUUCCUUCACAGGAUGUGAUCUGGUACCUGCAGUGCCGAUCUUAGCAACAGGAUGGCCGAUAUUGGUAAUUGUUUUCGCCAUCUUGGGGAUACUCACAACAGGUAUCAUUGGUCUUAUCUUCAUAAGAUAUCGGAUGACACCUCUUGUCAAAGCCUCAGGGAAAGAACUGAUGAGUGUGCUUCUGUUCGGCGUCUUGAUGUGUUAUAUCAUGUCUAUCCUGUUCUUCGUUCAUCCGAGUUUCAUAGUUUGCGGUCUGCACCAGCUCUUGAUGUCUCAUGGCUUCACAGUGUGCUACAGCGCCCUCCUCGUCAAGACCAACCGUGUUCAUCGGAUCUUCCAGAAUGGUCGGUCAACACCCAAGCGACCUGAAUUCAUCAGCCCGAUUUCUCAGGUCAUAAUCACCGUCAUUCUCAUCGGAGUUCAGGCAAUACUAUCCGCUGUCCUGAUGGCUGCCAACCCACCUCAUGUUGUUCGAUCAGAAGCCAGCGAUGGUGAAGUCUACCUGGUGUGUCACUGCUUUGUGGAUCACUUCUCGCUGCUCAACAUGGCUUACCCGAUACUCCUCAUGGUGUUGUGCACGGCGUACGCGUUCCUUACUCGGAAAAUACCCGAUCAGUUCAAUGAAGCCAAGUUCAUAGGCUUCACUCUCUACACCACCUGUAUCGUCUGGCUUGCGAUGGUGCCGAUCUACAUCUUGACAGCAUCUAACCUUAAACUUCGGCUCAUCAGCGUCAGCUUCGCAGUCUGCCUCAGUGCCACUGUCAGCCUCGCGUGCCUUUUCGCGCCUAAAGUCUACAUCAUUCUCUUCAGACCAAAACGCAAUGUGCGAAUGAACAACACCACCGUGAAACAUGUCAAGAACUGUCAUCACGUCAUACCUCAAUCUGCUAUCUCACAUUCGUGUAGCAAUGUGGAAGAAUCGACACCUGACGAUCAUGAACAGGAAAUGCUUUGACAAAGUAACUAUGGAGGGCAUUUUAUUUCGUCUCUUACUUCCACCUGUUAUUGCCUUUAAAAAUCGAAUGCAAGAUUGUCUGAGCACAAAGUCGUUUAUCACAUUUUAAACAGUAGAUCAAUCUUUCAGAGACAUUCGUGUUAACCUUUGAAGAAAAUGGUACAUUGAACGUCAUUUAUGUCUGUUAGAUAGCUUGUAUAACCAUGGACCUAUUAGGUCCAUUGUAUAACCUACAAGCUAUUUUCAUCACAGGGAUUGGGGGGAACAAAUUGCUUCAUUGGCUUUAGAAAAUGUUGUAACCUUAUCCCUUCUAAGAAGGACCAAUAUGAUUUAUUUUUCGGAGGAUACUUUCAUUCAGCUGCGCCGUUAGUAGCUAUAUAGGGGGAAUUCUGAAGUCUCUCUCAACUGAUCCCUCUACUAUUUUGAGAUUCAUCGGCCCGUAUUCUGAAGUCGGGUUUAACUUAAACUCGGGUUUAAAGUUGUGGUUUAAGUAUUGAUAGCCGAUUGUUACAUAAAUCACUAACAGUACAAAUAUCAUAUUUCAGCUCAUUUUGCUCUCAAAUCAUUCAUAAUUGUCUAGGAAGUAUAAAUAUAUGAUUGUCUUCACCAUUGAAGAAUCAGGAAAGAGCACAGUAAACAUAAGAAACAUACAACUUAAUAAAAAUUUUGACACAUUUGGCUUCCCAUAAUAUUAGCACAGAGUUAGACCAUGGUCUAAGUUAAACCUGACUUCAGAAUACGGGCCCUAGGGUCCAAAGAAAACUGAUUUGUUUCAUAUGCAUUAUCAUUCUGGUUUAAGAGGUUUGAACAAUAUCAGAACGGAAUACGUCAAUUUUGUACAGAAAGAAGAGGGACAAUAGACAGACAAGAGUGAAAUGGUAUAAGGGUGGCCUGAGUAUAUUCUGUUGGUUGGCAUCGACAUAUAGGUGUACACUUGUUGGGUAGUCCACAAGGCAGUCCUUGACUUGUUCGAUAUUUGCUGGGCAGUGCAUGGGGCUACUUUAUCGACCGCCGAACAUGACCGCCAAUCGUGGUCAUUCUUUAUUUAUUUUCUUUUAGGCAACCUGUAAAAAUCAGCACUAGUAGUGCAGUCACUAUACACGCACUGUAAGUGCUUAAGUAGCACUUCAUUUUUUACAGUGUAUGGAAACACUCUCUUUAAAGGGCAAAGCUUAAUAAAAAUGAAAAAAUGAAGGGAAUAAAUAAAACACAAGAAAGGGUAUUAAAGAGCGAGUCCUGGAACGUAUUUGAGUUCCCAUAGAAUGAUUCCAUAAUAUCAAACGUCCUGCAAAAGAUGGAGAAAAAAAUUGACAUGGCAAAUACAAAGGGAUAGAAAGGGGAGAAGAGGGAUUAGAGAGUUAAAGCAGAGAGGUUUUAAAGAGGAGGUGAAAAAGAUAUGAGUUUGUCAGGUCUUGAAUGAGAGGGGUGUUUGUUGGUGCGUGAUGAAGGAAUUAGAAAAGAGAAAAAAGCCGAGAUGGAGGUCAAAGUUAGAAAGAAAGAAAGAAGGGAGGAAGGAGAAAAAAGAAAGAAAGAGAGAGAGAGAGAGAGAAAAGAAGAAGGAUGGAAGGAAGGAAAGAAAGAAAUAAAGGAAGGAGAAAAAAAGAAAAGAUAGAGACAAAGAGAAAAAAGAAGGACGGAAGGGAGGAAAGAAAGAGAGAGAGAGAAAGAAAGAAAGGAAGGAAGGAAGAAAGAAAGAAAGGAAAGCAGGAAGGAAGAAAAAAGAAAGACGGAAGGAAAGAGAGAGAGAGAAAUAAAGAUUUUUCUUUUUUUUACUUUUCAAAUGAAAACUUUAUUUACAAAUUAUUAUCACAAAAGCCAAGUUUACACAAAAAGAAUAGUAGUUUGACAUGGGUAUUCACAGGAAAUCAGGUAGCACAGUUUUUCAACUGUUGAAUAUAAACACAGAAGUAAACUUAAUGUUAUAUAAGCCAUGCAAUACUGCCCUCGCUAAUGGUAAAAAGUAGUUCAUUCAUGCACCAUUUCCGUAAGAAGGCAUCGAUUUUGGAGAAUAAUUUGUAAUAAGAAAAUUCAUACAGAAUUCUGUUUUUUAGACGAUGUAGCCAAACAAUUAGUGGAUCAGUGAAAGUUGAGGUGCGAUACAUAUAAUAAAUGGUACUUUUUAGACUGAUGAUAAGAAAAUUU